AUGGCUUAUCAACUUAAGAAAAAGGACCUCAGAGGAACAUUCGAGGAUUCGGCUACCAUCGUGGCCGCCAGAAACCCGAAUCCAGCCGUCCUUGAAGCUCUGUUAAAACAUUAUUUUACUCACCUUGAGUCCGUACCCACUGGUCGUGUGGACCGAACGUUAGAAACAUGGUCCCCCAAUGCCAAUAGCAUGGGCGCUAUAUACGGUACAUACGAAUCUCCAUUGACUGCCGCCAUUCGAGCAGAUAUACCUGAGAACGUCCGGGCACUGCUGGCCGCCGGUGCAGAUCCUACAGGCAUCACGCUGCACGAUUUGUCCGACUAUGCUGUGCGAUUUCUUCGUGGCCGAGACGCCAAAACCGACAUGUCGAGUUUCGCUCUCUGUCCUCCGCGGAAACAAAUACUAGCAGUGGCAGAGGCUAAAGGAAUCGCCCAGCAGACUCAGCCCUUAACCCAAGCCGAAUUGGAUGAGCGGAGUAAAGGGUUUCCACGCUUUUGGACGGAGCCGAAUGUUCCUGGUCAGCGAUUGCGGCUAUCAAAAGCCCUCACGGCAUUAGAAGUGGCUGCUGGGCUUGGAUAUGAGAAUUUCUUUAGUCUGGUUCGCGACGCAGGAGCAGAUGAAUCUGCCUGGCUAAGUACCUCGGAGGCUAGUCAAGUCGAUUUUGAUAAUACCAAGCCAUCGUUCAUCAGCACUUCCUCUCCCGUCCAUGAAGCUAUCAAAGCUGGUCAGCCCGAAAUGCUUCAUAAAUUGCUCCACGUGUACCGCUACUCUCCUAACUACCGUCCCCUCGCGACUCCGACAGCCGCUCUACCGCCACUCUCUUUUGCACUUCUCCGAUGCGACCCACACAACCCGAAUAUCUGGGCGUGUAUCGUGCACCUUCUUCAGCACCCAGACCUCGAUCAACACCUACGCUCUCCUAUUUUCGACAUUCACCCGCUCCACUUAGCAGUUGCCCGUCACGAUCCGGACCUCCUAUCCCGCCUCCCUAUAUCGCUCUCUACCGCAGGGACGACGGCAUUAGGACACAGCCUACUCCACAUCGCGUGUCUCCCCUUGACAUCCGAGUAUAUCGACAAGGAAAAUCCAGAUUCUGUGCAGAGUAUUCACUGCGCCCGCACUCUCGACUCCUGCUGGCUACCGCAUGCAUUCCCUAGUCCCAUGCACUUAGAUCCGAACGGAAGACCUGGUUUCACGAGGUCGUUUCCAGGCCAAUAUAUCGCGCCAACAAUACCGCUUACCUCGCUGGAACAAGAGGCCCAGCUUAAUACCUUACACCUUCUUGUACGGGUCGUGGGUGUCGAUGUGCAUGCCCAAGACAUUGAUGGAAAUACUGCUUUGCAUUACCUGGCUGCCACGGUGAAUGUAGACCCCAGGGCUUUGCAGUUGCUUAGAGAUAUGGAAGGUGGUGAGGAGGCUUACAAUAACAGCAGAAACCGAGCGGGUCUGACGCCGCGUUUGCUCUGGGAAAGUAGCAAGGCAUAA